AUGACGACGUACGGCACGAUUCCGACGUCAUCUAGCGGAGGUACGAAUCUCGAAUUCCUAACUCGCGCAAGAGACCGCAUACAAACAGGACUAGGCACCCGACGGCCAUGGAAGGAGAUGUUCAACCUCGCUUCGAUCAACUUUCCUCAAAGCGUCUCCGACGCGUUUUCUCGAAUUAAAACGAACAUUGGAUACUUCCGCAUGAACUACGCGAUUGUUGUGCUCAUUAUUUUGUUCCUGAGCUUGUUAUGGAAUCCGACCUCGUUGAUCGUAUUCACGGUGUUGAUGGCGGCGUGGUUGUUCCUCUACUUCCUCCGCGACGAACCUCUAACGAUUUGUCACAGUGUGAUCGAUGAUCGUGUGGUGCUUGGGGUUCUAUCUGUUGUUACGAUUGUUUUGCUGCUCUUGACUAACGCCACGAUGAACAUACUGUUGUCGAUUUUGGGUGGACUUGUACUUGUUGUGAUUCACGCUGUUUUGAGGAAGACGGAUGACUUGUUUUUGGACGAAGAUGGCCUCGAAGCAGGGGGCUAUCUGGUUGCUUCUUCACCGUAG